CGUUGAAAUGUCGAGACCCAUAAACACAAACGAAUCACUCUCACCGCCAAAUUACUCAAUAAAAUUAUUGUUAACAUACAGACUGUGGCUUAGAACCGAGAAACGCUAGUUCAAUUGUUGAAAAUACUCAGUUAAAAUGUGGAAAUCAAUGGAAGCUUGUGCAGAGGGGUCACUGAUUUGUGCACAAGUCCAUUCAGCGCAUUGAAUAUUCUAGUUGUAGUUUUAGUGUGAUUAUUCUGAUAAGCAAAUGAUCUGCAUUGUUGUUCGAUGGUUUUUCAUGAGUUGAUUUGACAUUUUCGGGGAUUUAUUGCAAAAUGUCGGACUACACUCGAGGAAUAUUACGAGUUGUUGUGGCUCAGAUAUGCCAGACCAUCGGCUGGCACUCGAUAAACUCAACACCUCUGGAGUUCAUGGUUGAUCUCAUGCAGGAGUACUUCCUCAGGGUUUACAGACUAUCUCAUGGAUAUUCAGAGACAUUGGGGAGGACGGAGGUAAACCUUGACGACCUGGGUUUGGCGUUCCAGCACAUGAGUAUCGAUAUCGAGCAGCUAGCGGAGUACGUAAGGAAUGUAGACUCAAUCCCAUGUGCAGUGGUGGUCCCACAUUACCCAUUACCCCAAGAGAAUCACCUGAACUUCCUCAAGCCAGGAAGUAGAGAAGUCGUGACUCGUCCCGUCCACAUCCACGAGCACCUCCCAGCAAUGCACCCAGACGAGGAGAUGGCCUCCGAUAAAGAGCCAGAGAUCCGUCCGGACUCUCCCCUAGACAGGUCGACGAUGUCACCGGGAUCUGAAACGUCAGGGCUGACUCCAUCCCCAGAGGUGAUAUUUAAACGUCCUGGGGAGCCAGUAUCCGACAGUCCGGGGCUAGGAAAGCGUACGAGGGGAGACAGCGAGAGUCGUCCCUUACGAGAAAUUCACAGUGUCAUGAUGACCACAUCGGGCUUCCUCUCCCCCGCACGCGAGGGAAAACUCCCGGAACCGAGAACCCCAGUCCAGGCACGAGCGGAUUCUCCCCCACCCGCGACCUAUCCCAUGGUCCCCCCAGAAUUGAAGACUGAGAAGAAGGUGAAGAAAGUCGUGAAGAAAACUCUCGAGGACAAGAAGCUAGACAAGGAGAACAAGAAGAAGAGCAGAAAGCAGGAGGAUUUGUUCAAAGCCGACAAGAUUACUGAGCCCAAGGUGAAGAAGCUGGUGGGCAUGAAGGAGACAGCAAAACUGAAGCCCCUGAAGCCCGGGGGUGGAAAGACAUUCUCACCAUCGACCAGUCCGACCCCAGUAGCUUCAGCCCAAAAGGAGGAUUCACCGAUGAAAAUCUCCAAGUCCAGCACACCCAAGGGAAAAGGAGACAAGGAGUCAAGACUUUCAAUGAAUCUACCCGAGAAGAAGGAGGAGAAUGUUGAUAAAUUGCCUUCAGAGCAUGACAAGCAGAAGCUCAAUAUUUUUAAAAAGAUAUCGAAGCCUAGGGACGACAAGGGGGACGUUGUAGAUCAUCACAAGCACAAGGAUGAACUCAGGGAUAAUUCACUAGGGCUUGUCAUCGAUGAAGUUGGGGAUAAACAUCGUGAGAGCGAUGCCAGGAGGGAGGAGAAGAAGGUGCCUCACACACCAGAUGUUCAUGGACAUGGGGACAGUGAUAUAAUGGAUCUCAGGAGUCCCAAUACUGAUGUCUACAUGUUUGAUGAUAUGUCCCCACCAGGAACGCCCAGCACUCCCAAGACACCUGAGCUGAAUGUGCCUGGGCCUCCUGUGGAGACUAAGAAAAAGAGGAAAGAGAAAGGGAGUAAGAAAAAAGAUAACUCGAAGGGACCUGGGCCCAAAGAGAGCCCACAAAAGAGUAAAAUGGUGCAUGAUAUUAACGAGGAGGUCCUGGGGAGGCCGAAGACUCCAGAAGCACUGGAGACUUGUUUUCCAAAAGACAGGGCGAUACCACCGAGUUUUCCAUACUUUCCGUCGUUCCCGGCAGCACCUGGGCUCAUUCCCACUGGUCCACUUAUUCCACCAGGUCCUGGACUCAUACCACAUAGCCUGUCGCCAAUGUUCGCAAGAUUUCCACUACCAAUCGGACGAGGUAUGCCUCCUGCACAACCGAUUCUCCAGCACUUGCCCGUGCCACGACCACCAUUCUUACCAUCUACCAACAUGAAAAUUAUUCCACCGAGGUAUGAUGCCUUUCCUCCUGCAGGACCCAGCCAUCCACCGGUGCCGAUGAAGGUGGAGAAGGUGGAGAAAAUUGAGAAAAUUGAUAAGAAGCCGAAAAAACACAAAAUUGAUAAGAAGGAUAAGAUAAAGAAGAAAAAAGAUAAGAAAGACAAGCACAAGGAGAAAUUGGAGAAGAACAAAGAGAAGAAGGAGAAGCUGGAGAAAAUCAGGGAGAAGAAGGAGAAAAGGGAUAAACGAAAGGAGAAAGAGGAAAAGGAAAAGGAGAAAGAGAAGGAGAGCGAGAGUGUUCCUAAGCUGACCCUGAAGCUCGGUAAAUCCUCGCCAAGGCCCCCGACCCCUGACAAUCCAUCCAUGAAGAAGAUAACGAUUAAGCCGCUUCUGAAAAAGCCUGAAGACAUUGUCAAGAGAGAAUCUAGUCCAGAAUUAGCAAAAAUUUCGGCCUUAGUGACGAGACCUCCGAAGCCAAAAAUCCCAAAAAUAAAAGCAGAGAAGAAAGAAGAAUUUAAAGAACAUGGACCUGCAGUCCCACUUGAUCGUCCAGUUGCAACAAUCGUCGAUAACACAGGCCACCAAGUGUGGAUUUGCCCAGCCUGUGGCAAUCAGGAUGAUGGAACCCCCAUGAUUGGAUGUGACGAUUGUGAUGCCUGGUAUCACUGGGUUUGUGUGGGAAUGCAAGUGCCCCCAGCCGACGAGGACGACUGGUACUGUAGAAUAUGCAUAACGAAAAAGCAGGAACUUCACCACGACAAGAAGAAAAACAAGAGAAGGAAGAAAGUGAAAAUAUCUGUGUAAAUUUAAUUAUUAUAAAUACAUUUUUCACGACUAUAGGGUUGUUUUAUAGUAAUUUGUACAGCGAGUUUCGUCUGUCACUAGAAAAUGUACUGAAUUUUUUAUACGUAUCAUGCGGGACGUCGAGAUGUAAUUAUCAAAAAAUUAUUGAUUACUAGGGGAGGGUGGGGUAAAAUCGAAGGCCUUCAAUUGGAAGCUACCGCGUGAAAUCGAAUUACUCAAGUUAAUAACGAUCGAAUUGGUUCGAUUUCACCCGACUAUCCCCUAUAUUAUUGAAAAUGAAUGAAUUCAAAACGCCAUUUUGACGGACGUUAUUUAAUUAUUUUCAUCCAAAAUUUAAUAGAUCUUUUUCCGUCAAGAAAUUCAGUGAAUAGUUGUAGAAAAUUAGUUAAUCUAGCUCCAUUAUCUUUUUAUUUAUAUCUACACCGUGAACUCUGCUUCAAUCUAUUGUUAUUGUUUAUGUUAAAUAUGAAUUAAUAAUUGUUUAUACACGACAUUCAAUUACUGAGGGUAAUAAAAUGCUACCAGCAA